AUGAGGAGACGAGAGCAGAGGGUAGAGGCUGAAUCUUCAAUGGAUACCAUCAUCAAUAAUGAUGGAAGUAAUGAUAAUGGCACUCGCCAAGAGCAAGAGCAAGAGCAAGAGGUUCAGGUUCAGGUUGAGGCAGUCUCUCAUCUUCUAGAGGAAAUCACAUUGCUUCUUUCUCAAUGGAAUGGCCUUCAAAUGGCUGUCCAAAAUGAGUGGGGUGGCCAUGACUCUUUGCAGAAAGCCCAACAACUUGCAGUUGAUAUCCUCUCUUGGUUAUCUCAAUCAAAAGCGCCGCUUUAUGUAGAUGACUUAGAAACUAUGUUGCAUGAAUGUAUGCUGCUCUCUUUGAAUACAGAAAUUGAGGAUGGCAGCAUAGAGGAGGUUGCAGAGCAAUUGAUGAUUAUGCAUGAAGAGUACUUGCAGGGAUAUCAGGAGAUAAUAGAAAAGUAUAGAGGGAGAGAAGAUCAUCCUUAA